AUGCUUCGCAGAACCGUUUUGGUUAGAUCAACCAAACAACUACUCAAAUCCCAAUUAUCUACUCAUUUACCACACAGACUUUCCCUUUUAACUACCACUGCCUCCGCAUUCACAAGGGGUUUCCACAAUUCAUAUACUCGUUACCAAUUAACCGAAGAACAACUCGCUAUUCUCAAUGAAGAACGAGCAGUGGAUACUGUUGAUGUAUGUAUAGUAGGAGGAGGUCCAGCUGGGCUCACUACCGCCAUUAAAUUAAAACAACUCGAUAACGAAAAGGGAAGCGGUGAAUUACGUGUCGUUGUUUUGGAAAAAGCCGGUGAUUUCGGGAGUCAUAUAGUAAGUGGAGCAGUUAUUGAACCUCGUGCAUUCCUUGAAUUAUUCCCCGAAGAUGAAUUAACUAAAGAACAUGGGAUUCCAUUACCUGUGGAAAUGGCAACUAAGGUUACCAAAGAUAGUAUGAGGUUUUUGACUAAAGGUGGUAGGAAUUUUUGGAUGCCUGAACCUCCACAAUUGGCAAAUAAAAAUAAAAACUUUGUUGUUAGUUUGAAUGAAGUUGUCAAAUAUCUUUCCGAAAAAGCUGAAGAAGUGGGUGUGGAAUUAUAUCCUGGUAUUUCCGUGAGUGAACUCAUUUAUAAUGAAUCGGGAGAUGCUAUCAAAGGUGUAGCCACUAAUGAUUUAGGAAUUGCCAAAGAUGGCAGUCCCAAGGCUUCAUUUGAACGUGGUAUGGAAUUCCAUGCCCGUAUGACUGUUUUGGCAGAGGGUUGUCAUGGUUCAUUAACCAAACAAGCGGUUUCCAAAUUCAAUCUUCGUGAAAACUCCGAUCCUCAAACUUAUGGUCUUGGGAUUAAAGAAGUUUGGGAAGUUAAACCAGAGAAUUUCAAACCUGGGUUUGUAGGUCAUACUAUGGGAUAUCCACUCUCUACUGCCGAAUAUGGUGGAGGGUUCCAAUAUCAUUUCGGUGAUGGUUUAGUUGCUGUCGGUUUAGUUAUCGGAUUAGACUAUGCCAACCCUUAUAUAUCCCCAUAUCAAGAAUUUCAAAAGAUGAAACUCCAUCCAUAUUAUGCUGAUGUCUUAAGAGGUGGUAAAUGUGUUUCAUAUGCCGCUAGAGCAUUAAAUGAAGGUGGAUAUCAAUCUAUUCCUAAAUUACACUUUCCAGGUGGGUUAUUGGUCGGUUGUUCGGCUGGGUUUAUGAAUGUUCCAAAAAUUAAAGGUACCCAUACAGCCAUGAAGAGUGGUUUAGUCGCAGCUGAAGAGAUAUUUAAGACAUAUAUUGAGAAUGAAUGGGAACCAGUGGAUGAAGAUACUUUUGUUGAAGAGUACGUACCUCUUGAUUUGAAAUCAUAUGCUACUGAAUUUGAGAAAUCUUGGGCAUACAAGGAGCUUUAUGCCAUGCGUAAUUGUCGUCCAUCAUUUAAUACUCCAUUAGGAUUCCUUGGUGGAUUAUCACAUUCUGGAUUAACCACCAUGAUUACCCAAGGACAUGAACCUUGGACAUUGAGACAUAAACAUACAGAUUCUUCAGUUACUCAACCUGCAGAUAAAUUCAAACCAAUUGAAUAUCCUAAACCUGAUAAUGAACUUACUUUUGAUAUCUUGACUUCAGUUUCUAGAACCGGAACAUAUCAUGAUGAAGAUGAACCUUGUCAUUUACGUAUCCCUGAACAAAACGAACGUAAGCAUGCAGAAAUCAGUUGGCCAAAAUAUAAGGGUAUUGAACAACGUUUCUGUCCUGCUGGAGUGUAUGAAUAUGUUGAAGAUAGUACGGAACCACUUGGGGUUAAGUUCCAAAUUAAUUCUCAGAAUUGUAUACAUUGCAAGACCUGUGAUAUUAAGAUACCUGCUCAAGAUAUUAAUUGGACCGUUCCUCAAGGUGGUGAUGGGCCAAAGUAUUACAUGUCAUAA